AUAAUUAAAAGUUAUAUAUAUACACUAAGGGUAUCCCUACUCUUGGACCCUUGUCUUUAACCUUUCUUUCUCUUCCAUUUUCUGAAAAAAUCCCAAAUCCAGAAACAAGAAAACAACUUUUCUCUCUUUCUCUUAAGAAGAAACCUAAGUUGCUACAAUUUUGAUAAAGACUACUUACUUAUUCUUAGCUACUACUACCACCCUAAAGUUCUGUUGUUUUUAUUUCUUAUACAUCAUUCAUAUACUAAUUAAAAAGAUUGAUAUCUUUUUUCUGGAGAGAGAAAAAUGGGAAGGCCACCAUGUUGUGAUAAAAUAGGUGUGAAGAAAGGUCCUUGGACUCCUGAAGAAGAUAUCAUCUUAGUUUCUUAUAUUCAAGAACAUGGUCCUGGAAACUGGAGGGCUGUUCCUACUAAUACUGGAUUGCGUAGAUGCAGCAAAAGUUGCAGGCUCAGAUGGACAAAUUAUCUUCGCCCUGGUAUUAAGAGAGGCAAUUUCACUGAACAAGAGGAGAAGAUGAUUAUACAUCUUCAAGCUCUUUUGGGCAAUAGAUGGGCAGCCAUAGCAUCCUACCUGCCACAAAGGACAGACAAUGACAUAAAGAAUUACUGGAAUACCCAUCUGAAGAAGAAGCUAAAGAAGGAAGAAGAAGGGCAAGAUGGUCAAAACACAUUAUCUCAAGAAGGGUUUUCCUCAAACUCAUCAUCUUCCACCUCUUCUUCCCAUAACACUUCCAACAAAGGACAGUGGGAAAGAAGGCUCCAAACUGAUAUCAACAUGGCUAAACAAGCCCUAUGUGAGGCCUUAUCCAUUGACAAGCCCGAACUUCUUUCAAGCCCAACCCAGGCCCAACAACAACAACAACAGUCCAUCUACGCCUCGAGCACUGAAAACAUUGCUCGGUUGCUUGAAAGCUGGAUGAUCCAUAAGCCCAUCUCAGGUGGAUCAUCACGAGAUUCUACUCAAAACUCUUGUAAUGAUAAGAAAUGGAUCAAGUCCCCUGAUCAUGAGGAGUUUAAGUCACUCCUACGCUUUAACUCGAAUUCGAACUCGUCAACAACUACUACAACCACUACCACUACUACCAACGACAAUAACUCGCAAGUGUCGGCGUCGGUGGAGGUGUUCCAGGACGAGAGCAAACCACGUUUCGUGACGGCGGCAGCGGUGGCGGAGGAACAAGUACCACUUUCUCUACUAGAGAAGUGGUUGUUUGAGGAAGGGAUUAGCCAGGAACAUGUAAACAUGUUGGACAUGUCCUUAGAUGUUGAAAAUGCUGCUGACCUUUUCUAGAAGAAGAUGGUAAUAAUUUGGUUGUUUUUUUUUUUUUGGAGUGAAGAGUUAAUUGAUUAGUGGUUUAAUGAUCUAAGAGGUGAAUUAAAAAUCGAUCACACUAGUGAUGCAACAGACGUCAAAAGUGUAAAUUAAUUACUAAGGAGAAUUAUUAGUAGUUUGUGACUAUGAUCAUUAUCAUCAUCCAAAUGUAUACAUAUAUAAAUGAUGUUAUGUCACAUAUAUUGGAUAAAAAUAAAAUCCAAUGCUAUACUACUAGUUCAUGACUUCAUAUAUAUAUAUAUAUAUAUUAUAUAUACUUAGUAUUUGUAUUGUGUUA